AUGACUUGGAAUACACUUUAUGAUUAUAAUAAAAGUAAAAUAUAUUUACAUUUAACAAAUAAUGAUUUAUUAGUUUUGAAUUUUUCAAUAUCGGUUCAAAAUGAUGAUAUAUCAAAAUAUAAUUUAGAAAAUAAUCAACAAUUAACAAGUUUAACAUCACCACCUUCAAAUUCAACAUUAUUUAUAUUCAAUGAUAAUUUGUAUGCAUUAAUAUCAGACAGAAACACAAAAUCUUCCAAUCUUGAUCUUUGUGGAAAUGGAAUAAUUUCAAUUGUGAAAUAUAAUGAAAAUUUAAAUACUUGGACAAAUUCAAAACUUAAUUUAAAUCUUAACGAUAUUUUAGACGGUUCAUUUUAUUCUUAUCCUACAAUAUUAACAAAUCCGACAAAUAAUGAAACUAUAUACUUAUACGGAGGUAUUUGUCAAGAUUCAGCAGAGGUAUCUUCUCGAUUAUUAUCUAUUGAUUUAAAUAAUGGUAAAAUUUCCAAUAUUACAACGUCAACUAAACCACAGCCUUUUUAUGGUGCUUCUAAUUUAAUUUCACCAAAUCCUCAAACUCAAUUAGUUAUUGGUGGACAACUGACAUUUGGUGGUUGGUUAAAUAUGUAUCAAUUGGCAACUUGGGAUUUCGAUAGUGGUUGGUCAUUUAAACAAAUUAAUAAAAUAAAUGAUGAACAAUUAAUAAAUCUGAGGAAAUUUCCAUUGGUUUUACCUAUUUUUAAACCUAUAAAUAACAAUUCAAGUAAUUCAAUUUAUGACACUUUACAAAUUAAUGAGAUUUUAAUGAUUGGUGGAGAAAUGGAACAUGAGCAACUAUCAACACCGAUAUAUUCAAAAUUAUAUAUGAAUUUAAAUAAUUGGUAUUGGAAUUAUACGGAGUCAAAUUUACAAUUGGAUGAGAUUUUAGGAGCAGCUACAAUUUUUAAUACUUUGGUAGUUGUUAAUCUGACUGAUAUAAAUAAAAGGGAUGGAAAUAAAAUUGAAUAUAAAGUGAAUUUAUACGAUACUAAUACUUUUACAGAAGUUAAAUCAAUUAAAGAAAAUACUGAAAUACCAACAAUUACAAACACAACCAAAAGCUCAUCUAAUAAGAAUAAAAUUAUAUUGGGUACAGUCAUACCUAUAAUUUCAAUAUUUAUAAUAGCUGGUUUUAUAAUAUUUUAUAUUCUUAAACGAAAGAAAUCAAAACAAGAAGAAACUUAUAAUGAAGAAGUAGAAUAUAAAUUCAAUUAUUUAAAUCCUCCAUCAAUUGGACAUGAAGAACAUUCACCAAUGUAUAUAAAUGUAAAUGAUCUGAGUCUGACAUUAAGUGGACAAGCACUGAUUGAUUCAUGGAUGAAGAAAAGACAAGAUUAUGAUAUAAAUAAACAAAAAAUAAGAAAUAGUUAUUUAGCAUCUAAUGAAACUUUAAAUAUGGUAGAUGAUGAAGAAAUGAGAGAAGUUGACCUAAGUGAAAAUUUACCAAUUAUAACAACGAAACCAGUUCAUAAAUCAGUAAGAAAUCUUAAAAAAUCAUUUUCAUUUUCAAAUACACCUCCCACAAGUCCAUUGAUAACAAAGAAGAGUCAAAAAUUACAAAGUUUAAGAUUAACAUCAACAGAACAAUUAAUUAAUCCAACUGAAUAUGAUAGUGAUAAUGAAAUAAAUGAAAAUGAGCAAGAUUUAGUUUCUGUUGAUGAUCAAAUGGAUGUACAAGUAUUAGUAAGUUCUAAAAGAAGAAGUAUUUUGAAAGUGGUGAAUCCAGACGUGACAGAAGAUAAUGAGGAGGAUCAAACAUAUCCUGAAAUACUAGAAGAAGACGAACAUAUGCAGAAUAAGAGUUCUGUUUAUGAUGAUGAGAGUGAUAGAUUUAGUCAAGUUAUUGAAAAACAUUUUGAUAGUAUAAUUGAUAAUAAUGGUGAAUCAAAUAAGGACAAUCUAAGGCUUAGAACACCAUCUGGUCGAUUUAAGGUGGAAUAA